AUGGUCAUGGAGACGAGGGCCAGAUUUCUGACAAAACAUUGCCUAGAGCAGUCCGAUCCCGAAGAAAACACCGACAAGAUGCCCGACUUUGGAGCCCAUGUCGACAGCACGACAUUCGAACAGAUCCUGGAGAUGGACGAAGAUGAGGCCGAAAGGGAUUUCAGCAAACCUUUAGUCAUGGGAUUCUUUGAACAGGCAGAGGAGACUUUUGAAAAAAUGGACCAGGAACUGGAAAACCAUAACUUGAAAGAACUUUCUAGCCUUGGCCACUUCCUCAAGGGUUCAUCCGCUACACUGGGCUUUACAAAGGUCAAGGAUAGCUGCCAAGUGAUUCAGCAGUAUGGAAACAAACUCAAACUAGACGGAACUGAGGAGCCAAGUGAGGAUGUGUGCUAUGAGAAGAUCAAAAAAGCACUUGCGGACGCCAAGAAGGAUAUGGAAAGUUUGAAGAAACUUCUCAAUGAGUUUUUCGUGAUCGACCCCUAG